CUCCGUGUCAGUAGGUGACGUUUCGGAUUAGAGCACACACACAUUGAAUGAAGGGCGGAGCGACCAAGAACAGCAACUCAACUGUGUCGCAGACGCACGGAUCGUUCAUCUAAUCCACGGUCUGUUUUUGAUUAUUUACUCACCUGCAAAUAUGGUUCGACCACAUUUUGGACCACCGCGUCUGAAGCCAAGCAGACCAUACGGAGAUGGUCAUGGCAUUGGACCAAGUGAAGGGAAUUACAACCCUAACUCCAAAAGUCGGAGAGAUGUCCAGGGCUACCAGCCUAAGGCCCCUUUUCACUGGAAAGAUUCCAGAGGUAGAGGACGACCCCCCGUUGUCAGAAGAGUCCCCCUGAUGGGAGAGCAAAGGGAGCCACGUUUCAACAACUGGAGGUCCCAGAAUCAGGAUUCCUUUCAGUCAUACCCUCCCAAAAUGGAUCAACAUCACGGCCAGAGAAGGCCAUCUCCAUCUAGGCCAAACCGCUCCCCUCAUGUCCAGCAUCAGACGUCCUCUCGCAGUCCUUCACAGGGAUCCCCCAGUCAAAGGGGCCCACCUUUUCACGGCCACCCCUCAGGUCACAGGUCACCCUCCCCGAGACAUUUUCGCAAUCACCCAGCUGACAGGAGGCCUGGCUCGGCGCCGGCCCAUCAGGGAUCAUUCAGGGGCCACAGAAGGCAGGCAGGUUUUCAGCAUCAGGAGCAGCGGAGUCGAGAACCGCGUGGGAAUUUCAAUCCCAGAGAAAGGCCACACGAGCACCCCGGUCAUGGCAUGAAGCGCUGGAACGAGCCAGGAGCUUUCUCUCAUCCACACAAUGGAGAGCACGGGCCCUCUGGGUCACAGAGGAACCCCAGAGAGAUGCAUGGGAGAGGCUCAUGUCCAGAGAGGUGGUCAUCUGAGCAAGACUCCAGGCGGCAGCGCGGUCCGGUGGAGAGGCAGGGCAGCAGAUCCCACAGUAGAGAGAGGGCACAGGAGGCCCCUCAUCCGCCCCCUUUCAGAUCCCCUUCAUGGAAAGGAGGUCCAUCACCGUCAUCCUCCUACCACAGGAACCCUCAGGAGAGGCAAGUGGUUGGACCCCGCAAGAGGAGGAUAGGAGACAUCAGCAUGCCCUCCCCAGACCCUGCACUGGAACAAGGCCAUCCCAAACACCAAAGGAGAGAGAGGCCUCAGCUGCUCAGUAUUCCCAGGCCCUUUGGUGGUAGACCUCUGUCUCUUAGGGAUAGAAGUUUCCUAGUUAAGAGCAGACAAGUGAAAGCAGAGUCUCUCAUGAGGCUCAGAAUCCCCCCAUCUGUGAAACCCAGGCCUCGCCUAGGCGACUCUUCCUCACAGGAAAACUUCAACUCCGUUCUUGCUAUCAGAAAAAAGCGUUUCCAGUCCAAUGCAGUUCCCCUGAAAACGCUGGAACAAAGGAGGGGAAAACCACAACAGACACCCCCCAGAGAAGAAAGCAAUAGCAGCAAGUCUUCAAGAGACUCUGAUACAGACAAAGAACAGGUGGAGUCUCGCCGGCCCUUGAACACACACAGAUCUUCUCCCAUAGAGAAACGUGACCUUGUUGUUCUGUCCCACUGGGACUCCUCCUCUAAGGACGGCUCGCCAGCGAAGGAUCGCAGCCCAAAGAAAGAGCGCAGUCCAGAUCAAGAUACCUCACCGAACAGCCGAGCUUCAAAGUCGAAUGAUUCCAGAUCAUCACCUGAAGAGCGAAGACGAGGCUUUGUGGAUAAGAGACCGUUCAGGCCAUUUAAUAUGAUGCAGGACGGCCACAGAUCCGGGAGGCCCUUCAGGAGACCAGGACCCGGACCAGGACCCAUGCAGAGACCACGGUUCACUGGCGGUCGAGGGAGGGCGGGCCCUGAUAUGUCUGGAAAUUUUAGAAGACCGCUCAUGGAGAGCUUAGUGACUCGUCCCUUCCCAAAUCAGAGGCCAGUGUUCAGAAAAAGUUACAGCAUCAUGUCUAAAUACCGCACCAUGCGGCAGCGAGCGCCAUACAACAGGGGGCCCAGCCAACAGCGCUGGUGACGACCUUUGCACAGGUCCCCAAGUCUUCAGUCAUGAAAAGGUGAAACAUCUGGAGGUCUUCUCCGCUGGUUGGGCCGCACAAACCUUCCCCACUACAAUCCCAACCUGCCUGUAUAUUGUGAAAGAUGUUACCUACAGAUGAUCUCUGGUUUGUAAGGGUUUCAGUUGCAUCUUUAAGGUACUCUAGGGUGUUUGUAACAUAUGCCAUUAUAUUAAACAGUCCUGCUUUUUCUAGACGUGUAUAAUUAUUUGAGAGUCGCUGCUUGUGAUCGUGGCAGUUAUCAGUUUAUUGGAAUAGUUUUUUGUUUUUGUUUACCAGCUGCAGCAUUUGAUUUUAAGUUUAUGAAGUCCCAAAAAUGUUUACUUGAUAAUGCCACCUCCACUGAAAUGUCCUGUUUAAAUAAUCACGAGUGUUUGGAUUAAGGAACCGCAGCCCACCAAGUGACAUUUAGCUACUACAUGUAAAGCUUGUUUAACCACAUGUUCAGCUAAAUGUUUGACAUUUGAAAUAAAGUCAAAUUUACCAAUCUCUA